AAGAACCCAUGGCCGGAAAUUGCCGAUUCUGAGUUAAUGGACAAUGCGCUGGCAUUUGAGCCAUUUGAUCAAUGAGGAGUGAAGUUCUUGGUGAGGGGCUGCUUCAUGCGAGCCCCUGGUGUCGAUUUUGGCAAUUUUUGGUCGAUUGGGUGAUUUUUGCCUUAGAUUCUCUUUCUACUCCCCCUUGGGCUUCUCCUAUCAUCCAUGCACCCCCAACUUGCUUGCCAUUGCUAGUUUCAAUAAACUCGGCAUCACGCGCUUUCAUCAUCCAGGGCUUGAAUCAAGGAUGCGCAAGGCUCCCUCGGCGUAUACUCCCACGAGGGCAAGGACCGGCAGGGCAACAAGGCGCUUACGAACAGCUGCGUUGCCUCCGGGGGCGUGACUACGAGUACAGUGUUGACCACGCCAACUUCUCAAAGUCUCUUUCAUCGCAUUUCUAUGAAAUCUAGGAGCUCCCUACGGUGGCCGGUAGUCGCAUCUCCAACAUCGGAAAAAUCGGAAGAAUGGGAGGAGGUGGGGCCAAUAUUCGCGCCGCGCCAGUCCAAGUCUGGACCUGGUUAUGCUGGCCAUGCCAAUGUUUACAAAACAGAUGAUCCCAACGUGUCACCAUUCAAAGACCACAUGAUUCGGGAGCGGGUCUCGACGAAGGGUGAGCUUCGAGAGCUGGAACCCUCCUCCCAAGUUGCUGGCUGCAUACAUCCCUUCGAAAAGAUCGGGAAAGUGAACGAGACCGGCGCGAAGCGUUACCUCUCCGGUCAGGCAUUGUGGGAUAAGAGAUAUGCCAAGGAUGUCCAGCGCGUUGCGAAGAAUCGGCAGAAACACCUCAAGCUUGCGAAAGAAGAAACGCAAAAAUCUCUUGAGAAGUUGAAAGCUCGCUUCGACUACAUGAAGAUGCUGGUAACGGAGGCUCGGUUGCGGAGUGUAGUCCUAGUUCCUCUGACAGCGUGGACAAGUGGGAUAUAAAUUCGCCGUUGUGCAUUUGGGGUUGGGCACAGGAGGGAGAGAAUCUGCCGCCGUCUAGUAUUGUCGCUCAGCGGGACACUGAGGAAGCCAGGCGCGGGGCCCAAUGCUAACGGCGACAAUGCUGACGGCGGCAGUAGCUCCCGAAGUGCAGCAAAGGAUCGGAAGAGCUUAUUCAGAUUAUUCCAGGGUCCCAUCUCCCGAGGAGACCCUGUGAGAAUAUCUCGAUGUACAGGAUGAUUGUGUUAUAUAUAGGAUGGUCGAAAUGAUG